GGGGGCUCCGAAGCGCCGGAGACGCCGACGAGAUGUACACGCAGCAACCUGGCUUUGGGCAGCCCCAGUUCGGCUACGACAACAACCAGUCGCAGUACGGCAACAGCAACCAAGGCAGCUACGGCCAGCAAGGCAGCUACGGCCAGCAAGGCAACUACGGCCAGCAAGGCAACUACGAGCAGCAAGGCAGCUACGGCCAGCAAGGUAGCUACGGCCAGCAAUACAACCAAGAGUACAGCCAGCCGGGCUACGGCGGCCAGCAGCAGCCCGCGUACCAGCAGCCGCCGCUGCAAAACCAAGGGGGCAAUGCACCUUGGUUCACAGGUGGCGAUAGCGCGCCGACGAGCGAUUUGACGGGUUCGAUGGGUCGCAUGGGCGACGGGCCGCCGUCGUCGGGCCGGUACGGCGACCGCGACGACGAAGACUACGAGAACGAACCGCCGCUCCUCGAAGAGCUCGGCGUCAACUUUGGGCAUAUCUGGAUGAAGACGCAGUCGGUGCUGCUGCCGACAAAGGAGAUCACGGAACACAUCCUCGAUGACACGGACCUCGCGGGCCCGCUUGUGUUUUGUUUCGUCUUUGGCACGUGCUUGCUGCUGAGCGGGAAGAUCCAUUUCGGGUACAUCUACGGCUUUGGCGUCUUUGGCUGGGUCUUUAUGUGGGCGAUCAUGAACCUACUGUCACCGACGCGCACGAUCGAUAUUUACCGCGUCUGCUCCGUGCUUGGUUACUGCUUGCUGCCGAUCAUCCUGCUUGCUGCCGUCAACAUUGUCGUCUCCGUCAAGAGCCUCAACUACAUUGGUCUCGCACUCGCCUUCCUCAGCGUCGCGUGGAGCACGCAGACGGCGACGCGCUUCUUCGAGAAGGCGCUGCACAUGCACGACCAGCGCUUCCUCAUCGCGUACCCGACGGCCAUGGUCUACAGCUGCUUUGUGCUCAUCACUGUGUUUUAAGCCACACACCAAUACAGCACUCGUCGUAUGCCAG